AUGCUUGGACAACCCAUUGGAAAUGAAGGUGGCCUUUUAGGGCAAUUUUUGGACAUCAUAGCAAGAAAUGGUGGUUACUGUCCUUUUGGUGCCAAAGAUUGGAGAGAAGUUAAGGAAAACAAUGCAGAAACGAUAAUUCAAUUCGUCCAGAACCUAAGUGAGAAGAACAAAAUAAGUCAUGAAAUGAAGAAGACAACACAUACAGCGGUACAAAGAGUUAUGCUCGUUGGUCUGAAGACAUGGAAAAGGGGAAAAUGGAUAAAUGAACCAAUGGUUGAACUGAAAAAUCUCCUAGACAUACAACUAGAGUUAGCACAAAAUAGUGAGGGAGGAGUUGCAUGGGAAGGUGAUGUAUUACAUCAGGUGUUGGGAGAAGAGAAAUCUGGACAAGUACACGGCAUGGGAUUGCUUCCAGUUCCUAAACAAGUUUAUGGUCGAAGAACACACUAUUUUAAGGACAUUAAUAUAGUUUCACUAGAUGGCUCAUCAUCUGAUGUAGAGACUCACAUGUUGAAUGAAAUAAGGGAACUCAAAAAGCAUUCUAGAAUGCAAGAUAAAGUUAUUGAAGAACUAAAAAACAAUCAAAGGCACCAUGAGAACCAAGAAGCAACAAUGAAUAAAGAAACAUGUGAGUCUGAAUAUAGUGAUGAUGACAGUCUACUUUUAUCCACCACAAGUAGAACAACAAAGAAACAAAAGGGUCAUCACGGAGGGCCUGAAGAGACUACAACCAUUGCACGCCAGGAGGUGGUUCAUGACAAGGCUACAUGCUACAAGUGUCAAACACUUAAACAACUUCCUCUAAUAAAGGCUGGGUCCAUGGUGCUAUUAAUGACUUCAAAAUAUCCUAAUAAAGCCAAUGUAGCCUAUGCAACUCUCUUCAGCACUGAUCCAGAAGCCAUUGUUGGUGGAGUUAAGAUAGGAACUCAAAUCUACAAAGUGUGUAUCAAUCAUGCUAUAGCAAAAGAUGAGCCAUUAGUGAGGCCCGUGUCUAGGUGCAACAAUAUUGGUGAUGCUCAAGCCAAAGGAGUCCCAAUUGCUUGGCCUUCGAUGUUUGUUGAAAUGAUUAAUGGUUGA